AACGUCCUCGAUCCCCUUCAACCACGGUGUUCACUCGACGACAUACCUACCCGCAUCUCCAGCCGUCUCCCACGACACUGCUGAGCUGGUCUCCUCUGGUCAUCUCUUCAGCCUCGACGCUGUGCCGGAACACCUCCCUCAAUCCGUCCAAGUAUACCUGGCGCUCGUUGGCUGUUCCGAGGUCACAAUCCCCCCUGGGCUCUCUCCCUCCCCUUACCGCCCGCCUGCAGCCUCUGUCUUGUCCAGAGCCUCGUUAUGCACCUCUGAGCGCAUGUGCCAUGGCCUCGCUAUCCUGCGUGAACAGCGCCGACUUGGUCAUGGCCUUUUUUACGACGCGUUCUCGGCAAGCGACCUCUUGAAACGACCUCUGUAUCCUUUUGUUCCCUGCGGCCUCCUGGACGACGACAUCUCGGGAACGGUUGACGAAGUCACGCGUGUUUGGAUGGUUGCUCCCCUUGGCAGCUCCAUGGUCGCCACGAACCUCAUUCUCCCUGUUCCUCCCGGGUGGGACCGCGCGCCGCCUUCCUUGUACCCUGCCGUCAUCUCGUGGCUCUACUCUCGCUGCUUCCCGAUUUGCACAUUUAUGAACGAACCGCGCUACGAGUCAGAUGAGGAGGGCUACUUCCUCUUCGACAAGCCAGUCGACAUCGACCAGUUUACUGAUGACUGGAUCCUUUGCGAGAGUGCCCACCAGCUUCAUGAUCUGGUUUUCAGGGGUAGGGUGAGGACCUUGUGGCGCCCGCACACCGUAACUUGCAAGGCAGACGACCAGUGGGCUCUGGACUCGCCCGACGCGCCAAGAGGAGGAGCGGGCGCGCGAGAGACGGAUGUAUUCAUGCUCUCACUCAAGGCCGACAUGAGGCGCGUUUGGUGGCCCGCACAUCCUUACGAUCCUCCGCCAACCCUCCAGUACAUAAACAAUUCCGACUCCCUCUAACGUGUCGCGCCACCCCCAAAUAGACAUGAUCAUUGUCCACCUACUUCUCAACUUGGUCAAAAUUGAGCCCGAUGACCUGGCCCCUCCACCGUACGCUUCCUAGCUUUCGUUGUUCAUUUUGUACGUCACUGUAUGUAGAGCCAGAAGAUGUAAUAUUACAUCGG